AUGACUCUGAUUUCAUUAAUUUUGAUUAUUCUUGCGACUGCUACAAGCCAUGCAGCGAAUUGGGCCGGUAAAUGGGACAUUGACUCUGGAUGUGACACAGGAAUAUGUUGUUGUUUUUAUCGUCAAGUGAUUAUAUCAGCUGAGGGUCUGUUUCAAACCCAUCUAGAAGGUCACAACUGUCCACCCACUCCGAAUAACGCGUCAGAUUACUCUAGCGUCUACCAGUUUAAAGUACAGAUGGAGAACACAACAUUUCAGCAGGUCAUUUUCGAUUACACAGUGGUUGAAUUUGUUUUGGAUACCCAAGACACCAUCAGAACACAAAAUUUGAACAACUCAAAAUGCGAUGUGAAUUACACGCGAAAUGAUGUCGCGAAACCCAACUGGAUCGGAUUGUGGGACGUCAAACCAGGAUGUAAUGAAGACGAAUGUUGCUGCUUUGUUAAUCAAGCUAGUGUGAGCUCGAAUCCUCACGGUCUCACGAUUGACACUGAUGUUCGAGGAGCACCAUGUCAAGAGCAACUAAAUGCAAGUCACGUCAAAUUCGAUAUUCCCAGCCAACCAGAAUUUGUCAAUGAAUUGAUAAUACUUGGCUCAUGGAAUCGAUUUGCUCAAUCAGUAGAUCAAAACACGAUUUAUCAAAAGAAUUUACAGUAUCCACGAUGUAGUGCUGGUGCGAUACGCGUUACUCCGGCAACGAACGCUAGCACCGCUGAGCCAGGCACCACCGCAAAACACUCGAGUAGUCUGAGUAUCUAUGAAACAAACACUGCUGUUUUCGCGAUUAGCCUUGUUUUAAGCAAAUUUUUCUAA